GUAUAUAAAAACAAUAUAAUAAUAGACAAAACCCUCCUCACGAGCUCCUUAGAGCGACAAAGAACGGCAAUAAAUUGAGCGUAUCGGAUUAGAUCUACACGUAUACACUGAUCAAACAUACAUCCAUGGACGAGGUGUUGAUAAGCUAGGGUUUCGUGGUCGCGCCUUUUUUGAGUGAGGAGGAUUCUUUGAGAGUUGAGAUUUUGUUGUGUGUGUGUGUGUGUGGGGUUAAUUGAGUUAUCAUAUUUAAGAAAUGGCGACCAUGAACCCUUUUGAUUUGUUGGGUGACGAUGAUACCGAGGAUCCAUCACAACUGAUCGCUGCUCAACAGAAAGUCGUUGCUAAGAAAAAAGCGUCGACUCAGCCCACGGAUCAAGCUAAGCAGCAGCCCUUGACUCAGACCAAGGUGGCUAAGCUUCCCUCAAAACCCCUUCCGCCUGCUCUGGCUGUGAGAGAGGCAAAGAGUGAUACUGGUCGUGGAGGAAGUCGUGGAGGUGGACGUGGUUAUGGGCGUGGUCGUGGCGGCAGUGGAGGUGGAUAUAGGCGUGAUUAUCCCAAUGAUGAGAACUCAUUCAGCACCGGUGGGGUCCCUGGUGGUCAAGGUGCUCAAGAAGAUGGAGAGGCUGGGAAGAACUCUGAAAGGCGUGGCUAUGGUGCACCUCGUGGUCCUUAUCGUGGUGGACGUCGUGGCGGUUUUAGUAAUGGUGAAAUUGGUGACGAGGAACGCCCUCGUAGGACAUUUGAGCGCCACAGUGGCACUGGGCGUGGAAAUGAAAUCAAACGGGAAGGGUCUGGCCGUGGUAACUGGGGAUCCCAAAUUGAUGAGAUCUCUCAGGUGAAUGAGGAAGUUGUCAAUGAAAGUGAGAAGAAUUUCGGUGAUGAGAAGCCUCAAGGAGAGGAAGGUGUGGCUGAUGGAAACAAGGACAGUCCUGCUAAUGAACCUGAAGAGAAAGAACCUGAGGAAAAGGAGAUGACUCUUGAGGAGUAUGAGAAGUUGCUGGAAAAAAAGAGGAAAGCCCUGCAGGCCCGUAAGACUGAAGAAAGAAAGGUUGAUGCUAAGGAGUUUGAGUCAAUGCAACCACUCUUCAACAAGAAGGGCAAUGAUGAUGUCUUUAUUAAAUUGGGUUCUGAAAAGGACAAGCGAAAGGAGGCUGCUGAGAAGGAAGAGAAGGCAAAAAAGUCUGUCAGCAUCAAUGAGUUUUUGAAGCCCACAGAAAGGGAGAGGUAUUACACUCCAGGUGGUCGUGGUCGUGGCCGUGGCCGUGGUUCAAGAGGAGGAUACGGGGGGAGCAGCGCAAUCAGUAACAUAGCUGCCCCUUCCAUUGAGGACCCUGGUCAGUUCCCAACCUUGGGGGCCAAAUGAGUUUGUGUAGAACCCAUUAAAUCUCUGUUGGGUUUUUUGAAAUUUUGGGUUAUCAUAGUCAGGAAAUUGACUUGAAUAAUGUGGUUUCCUGUAUCAGAAAAGAUUUUUUUAAACUUUAUGCUUUAAAAUGUAUAUUUUAGGUGUUUCUUCAUGUGUGCCCAGAUGUAGCCUUGGUAUGAUUUAACUGUGUUAAAAUUUUGGGGCAUGUGAAAACUAUUUAUUUAUGACUAGAAAUUAUCUUGGCA